UGCACACCCCUUAACAGACUGUGAGUGUUUUGAUUCUAGAGCCUUCCUUGCAAACAACCUAGCUGAUUCAUCAAUAGGACGUUAGUUUCUUGAUCCUUCUUUGACAUCGGGUCAUGCUGACGGAUGAUGUUACACAUUGGCCCACAGGUUGUGAGUGUAUUGAUCCUCAGCAGAGGUGGACAAUUUUCAACUUUCCACCAUGAAUUUGACCAGCUGAGUCUGAGUGAUCGUACAGAGAUGCAGUCUAGGUUACUCUCUGUGGCCUCUGACUCAUCAUUCUUGGAGAACAUUGUUCAGCUCAGUUCUGCUGCUGUCAUUAUCUUCGAACACUCUUUCUACAUUUUCGACAAGCAGCGCCAUCUUCAGGGCCAGCAAGAGUCUGUUCCCUCUUUUACUGUCGCCCUCGAGCAGUACAUUACGUCUCCGCAUGCAAUUGCUGUCAGGGAAGCUGGGAUCGCUGCCGUCCGGGCGUAUGAAGAGGCCAUGAAGACUCCUGUUAAAGGGAAAAUGCCUGCUUGGAUGGCGAAGACACUGUUUGAACUCUCUCACAAAAAAUAUCUGGCGAAGGCGGAGCUGACCAAGACUAUUCUUGAAAUCAGUUUAAAUCAUCGCCUGCCAAGACCUUAAUGUCGGGCAAUCCCACACAGCAAAGAUGGUGUUCCGGUUCGGAAUGGAGUUGAGGUG